AUGCUGACGAUAUUAUUGACUUGCGCAUUAAACCGUCCAACUAUGAGUGCUCCCUAUCGGGUUUUGUGCUGCUCCGUCUUGUCGCACAUGCCACAUGGAAACAAUGGCUUCCAUCAUCCACUUGCCUGAUGGCCGGAGAAUGUCGUAUCACCUUUCUGGAUCGCCAAACUCUCCUGUCGUCAUGCUGUCCAAUUCGCUAUGCGCGCCGUACGAGACCUGGGCAAGAGUAGUGCCUGUUCUCAGCGCGAAAGGAUACAGGAUACUGGGAUACGAUCAGCCAGGCCACGGUGCGUCCUCUGUGCCUCAUGACCUCCAUACCACAACAUUCGACUCGCUCGCGGAGGACGCAAAACAUCUCAUCGAUUACCUGGGCAUCCCGAAGUUGUUCGCAUGGAUCGGUGUCUCGAUGGGAGCGGCGACCGGCAUCGUUUUCGCGACGAAAUUCCCUAGGACCAUCCAGAACCUCAUCGCAUGCGACACGAUCUCUUGCUCGCCCAUUAAUGCUGGUACCGAGGACGUCUUCGCUUCCCGCGUAAAUACCGCAAGACGGGAAGGAAGCCUAGACUCCAUCAUUCAGCAGACGCUGGCACGCUGGUUCGCAAAGAGUUGGAGAGACGAGAACCCGGCCGAGGUGGAGAGGCUGCUAGCCGUGAUGCGCACGACGAGCGUCGACGGCUUUGCGGCAUGCGUCAACGUAUUAACAUCGCCCUCAUUUGACCUGAGGCCUUUGGCGCCUGCGCUUGGCGAUGUGGUUGAGAGAGCGCUGUUCGUUGUCGGGGAGAAUGACGCAAACCUUCUUCAAACCAUGGCGGAGCUGAAGGGCCGUGUUGAUGCUACACGACCUGGAGUCGUCUCCUUCGUUGUGAUUCCACGGACAUGUCUCCUAUGUAGACGGGUACGAGGCGUACCGUGAUGCAGUUG